AUGAAGCAAAAUAUUCCACUCAGUUUUAAAUUAAAUUUUAAGAAAAUUUCUCAGAACUUAGCAAUAAAUAUUUUGCCAUCAAUCAUCUCUGAAGAUUACCAAAACUUUGCAAAGGUUCUGCCUAAAUCUUUAAGCAAAGAACAUUUUAUCCAGAUUGUUUCUCAACAUGCUCCCUCCAAACAACAUUCUCUCCGUUCUCAUCAAUUUUCUCGUGAAAUACAAAAGGCCAAGAAUCACUAA